AUGAGCGAAUCGCGACGGACGGAGAUGGGCUGGGUCCCACACGUGCAAGCACCACUCAUCUCCACUGCUCCUGUGCAGCCAGUUGGAAGGCAGAGCAUGUUUCAUCAACCGACGCAGCCACCUGUGUUGCAGCCUGCCCAGUACAUGAGGCCCUUUAGCAGCGAUGUUGCCGCCGUGCACGCCCGACAGAGGCCCAUCCAAGACGAGGCAACCAACGACAGCUCGAUAGUGAGCAAAGCCAGUGCUGCAGCUUCGGGGUACUUCGAGGACCCUUUCGUGAGCUGCGUCGCCGUUCGUGGUCCCAAGGGGAAGCUGAUUCGAAGAUCUCCGUUAGUGCAUAGAUGCUACUACACGCGACACCUGGGAGUGCUGCAGAUGCAGGAGGCUUUUCUGACAAGCUGUAUUCAGCCGGGCGAGGCUUACAACGUGGUCGUGGUCGGUGCAGGAUUUGAUACUGGGGCGCUGAGGCGUUCAUGGCCACCUGGCUUGCAGGGAUACUAUGAGGUGGAGUUUCCCGCCGUGCUGACGCGAAAGGAAGCUUUGCUGCGCCGAGCAAAUGUAGAACUGCCGGCCUGGCUUCACAGAUGCGGUGCUGACUUGCGCGAUCUGGCUGACGUGGAGAGCUCGUUGAAAGCUGCGGGUACAGAUUUCGAAGUACCGACAUUGAUUAUUGCCGAAGUCGUGCUGGCCUACAUGGAGCCUGGUGAAGGCGAUGCGCUUGCGGCGUGGGCCGCGGGCAGGUUUUCCAACUGUUUAUUCGGUAUGUAUGAGCAGAUCGGACCCUACGAUCCCUUUGGUCGAUUCAUGCGAAGGCACUUCUUGCAGCGCCAGUGCCCCCUGAGAUCUCUCCUUGCACGGCCAGAUAUUGAAGCACAGCGUGCGCGUUUCUGCUCCUUCCCCCGUGUGGAUGCGGCAGACAUGACAUCCAUACUGUCCGCAACACCUUCCGAAGAACUGGCCAGAAUCUCAGGCCUUGAACCGUUUGAUGAAUACGAGGAGUUUCAUCUGAAGUGCACGCAUUAUUUUUGUCUGGCAGCGAUGUCGGGAAGGUGCUGCAAUGCGAAGACAAUUUGGCCCAAUGCUGGUAAGAGCCCGAGCCGUCCCGCACUGGAAGUCCCUGUUCACAAGCUGCACGAGCUGGGCAUUUCCAGAUUUGGUUUGACGGCAUCGUAUGCUGCUGGUCAUUUGGUUGUGUGCGGCGGUCAUGGCACGUACGAUUCCUCUGUGUCACAAACACAUGGCAGGCAGACUUCUGUACUCUGCCGCAAGCUGGAUCCGACAGGCAGCCUUUCGCCACAAGGAAAGGUAUCCCAGCCAUUUCAGCAUCUUGGAGAUCACAAGGCUGCUAUGUAUUGUAGCGCAACGGCAGUGGGCUCGAAGGUGCUUCUAUUUGGCGGCCGUUUGGGGCCUCAUCAGCCAACAAAUUCUCUUGCCGUCUUGGAAACGAGCGAGCGCAAUGAGCACGCUGGUUGUAACCCACGACUAGAAGCUGUGGAUAUAGUUGCAGGUCCUGCAGCUCGAUGGCGGCAUUCAGCAACACACGUUCGCAUUGGCUCUAGGGACGUGCUCGUUGUGCUGGGCGGUCGUGGGACAGAUGCAAAGACCUUCAGCUUGGACGAGGGAUGGCUGCUGGAUUGCGAUCAGCUGUCGUGGAAGUGUUGCCCUAUUUUUCCAACAGAUGGUGCCCUCCCCUGUGCGCGGCAUUCACAUGCUGCAGCAGCAAUCGCGUCUCAAGGCCUCCUAAUGAUCUGUGGCGGCUUGGACGCCAACGAGGAGCUCUUGGGCGAUGCAUGGAUCCUGCAAAGAGAUGACGACCGAGACUCCUUCGCAUGGAGAAGGAGUACCUCCCCGUUGCCGAGGCCGAGGUACGGACAUCACUUGCACGUGUUCAGAGGCUUUCACAUCGUCGUCGGUGGAAUCGAAUGGACGUAUGAGACAGCACCGAUAUGUUGCAAUGGGGUGCCCAUGAACGUCCACCAUGAUGAAGAAGACAAAGAGGACGACUUCUUCAUGUGGCACAACAUCGCUACGGUAAUGCUGCACAGCACUGCUCAAGUGCUGAUUCUUGGGGGCGGUGGCAACUGCUUCUCUUUUGGCACUCAGCUCAAUCCGACGGCAGCCUGGCAAGGAGAAAUCAAUUCCGCGGCAGGCACGCAUCUUGCAGCUGUCCAGUGUGAUUGCAGCCGUGGAAACCCAAAGUGCUCCAAGCCAGUGGUGUUGCAGUUGGAAGUCUAUGCGCGAGUGCUUGGUGACCUGCGGUCGAACACUUCGUUGGGACAAGGGAACGUGCUCGACAUGCAGGAAGUGAUGGCAGCUGUUGAGACACUGUACGUAGAUGAGCUGAAGCCAUACGGGAGGAUCCUGCGCAAACGACUUGCAGAACGGGCUUCUGCGGCCGGUCAGGGCAACGUGGACGUAGACAUCAAGCGCUUACGCAGUGUUUGCGAGGCCUGUCCUUGGAUCUAUGUCCAGGCAGAAGAUGGUGGAGACUGGUCUGCCUUGCUGCGAGGGCGUCCACCCAACUUCAUCGACGUCUACAGCCCACAGGACUUUUAUCCAACUUCCCUCUGGCAGGCAGCAGCUAGCUACUUUGAAGGCUUGGAUGAUGCCAACAUGGUGCUGCCGGGUGGCCGUUACUCCUGCGCGCAGGCGCUGGUCUCGCGUGGGCUACAGUUUCUCCAAGGAAGGACUCUAGGGCAGGUUUGCCACAUCGUGCAGCUGGCAAUUUCGCAGAAGAAGCUGCUCGGCUACUUGAAUGGUGCCGUGGUGCCCUACGGGCGCUCCCAGUCCAUGAUCAAGGAGCGAUGUGCCGAGCGUCAGAAACCAUGCACCAACAUUGCGCGGGGUAACGGAUCUGACCUGGCUGAUUGGGAAGUGGUGAAGCGCGGUCUGAAGGAAAUCCUUGGAAGCCUGAGUCCUGGUACUGCCACGAUACCCCUUUCCAACGUGAAGCGCCUCUUCCGCUCGCGUUUUCAUAUCGAACUGAGCGAGACAGCACUCGGUCACUCCAAGCUGUCCGAGCUGUUGCAGGAUCCGAGAUUGCGAGAUAUUUGCUCGGUUCGUUUACAAGGUCAUGGUUAUGUUGUCAGCCCAGUGACACUUAGUGCCGUCGUUCCUUCCAAGUCCAAUCUGCGGCAAGCCAAGGCCGUGCAAAUGUCUUCGGGCCCGGGAUUGUCAGUGGCUGCCGCUGGUGCAGCAGCGGUCACGGCAGCUGUUGCGGCAGCAUGUGGGCAGAUGCCUGCGCAGGCAGGGCAGUUGGCACCUGCACUGGGAGUCAGUAUGCGGAAGACGGCAGCAGCACCAUCUCCUUAUGACAAGGCAGAGGUGCCAUUCUUUGACCCGCAAGUGCCACCAUCUGCUCCGACAUGCAGCAGAGCUGUUGGACCUGCUUCUGUGCCAGCCGUGCAACACCCCACUUCUCGUGUCUCACUGCGUGACCGAGCACCUUUUGUCGCACCUCUCAGCAUGGAGGAUGUGGAGCAGUCGCCUGCGGUGGGACAGGGACAGCGUGCUCAAAGUGCUCAACAGAUCUCCGGCACCUGGCAAACUCCGUUUGACAGCAUGCCACUCAUGACGUCCACUCCAAGUGCUUCACAUCAUCGCAGAACCGAGUCUGUGCCAAGAAACCUUGGAUCGGAGAAGAGUGCCCGUGACUCUUGCGCUGUCGGCAUCGAAGAAACGCCAGGCUUGGCAGGCUUAUGCGCAGACGGGCAGCUGCCUGCUGUGCCGGCCACGCCGGAAACACUCAGCUUCCCGCAGUGGCCCAUGCUGACACCCAACACCUUGGAUGGAAUGGGCUACAGCGUACAGAACACCUUCAUCAACUUUGCAGUGCCAUCGACACCCAUGACAAACACCCGUUCGCACUCAUUGCCACGUAAUAUGGGAGCAUCCGGAAGUGAGGAGGCGCAAACGGGCGAGAAGGCCGAGGAGACUGGAUGUGGAGCGCAUGGCCCGGCCAACCGCUUGAUGUCGGCUGCGGCUGCAGCGUGCUGUGACCCGACGCGUGCAUAUGUCCCCAGGCGGGCAGCGAACACACCCAGGAGCGGGCUGAAGGCUCGUGCAGCCCUGGCCUGCAAUCCCGAGCCCGAGCUGCCUGGAUGCGUCUCCAUCGCCGCAGCCGCAGCACGUGACUUCAGGUCACACGCUCCGCCUGGCAGACCUCCUUUGAGGGCAUGGGGAGUUGGCAGUGUUUCAGCAGUGUUUCACCCGCAACAUGUGACGUUCCCCAGGCCCCGAGGCACUACAGGAAUGUCAGAUUCAGACGGUGCCCUCACCCGCACAGCUGUCGCCAUAGUCCACGAAAUACAUACAUCUGCAAGAAUCCGCUUUGAAGAGCAGGUGAGUCAGGUGAGUUCACCGCAGGCACAAAGACGGCCUGCUUCAAGUGAGCAGCAGUCCCGUGCUUAA